GUAUGAACAAUAACUGUCUUGCCAUUUGCAAACAGCAAUUUUUUAGACAAAUCCUGUAGUGUUAAUAUCUUACCCAAUUAUAAGGAUUUCUCUAGCUACAAGAUCCUUCAAAUAGUGAUAGUUGAAAGCAAGAUGUGAACUAACUCACACUUAUUACUAUGCAUCAAACUAAUUGUACAAUGAAUUUAAGAAAUUUAUAGGAGAUGGAUGAAGCAAGAAAAGUAACAAUAAUAGCCCUUAGGUAAAGCAAUUCCCAGAAUCCCAGUUUCCAACAGGUUUAUUAGGAAACAAUGAAGAAAAGCAUUAAUGGAGGGAACCGAGAAAAGCGUGAGAAAGCAUCCAAUCAUGGGAAAAUGCAUGAGGCUCAUCAGAAGUUGUCGGCAACAACCAUGCAAAGAUUAAGGUAUCCUCAGAGAUGUUAACUAAUCUACCUAAAUAAUAAUGCUAUUUUAUUGCAUAAGUGGAAGUCAAAAGCCUCCAUAUCAGGCUUUAUUUCCUUAGCAUCGCAAUUUGCUACACCGACGUUAACUCCCUCAACACCUUAACAAUUACUAUCCAAUACCACAAUUCAUCAUUUAUAUAUCACCCACAUUUCGAAGCUAAUAGAAGUCUCUACCAAUAUUAUAACACCUUUUCUCCUUCCCAAACAUUGGAAAACACCCUUUAUUAUUAAUUCACUCUCAAUUUCCGUGUGUUGACUUUAUCGUUUACAACAACACCUAUUAAAAUUCGCAUCUUCCUCUACCACAAAUUUCAUGACACAACUAAAUGUGCCACAACCAGAAGCAGCUACUACUUCUUCUCACCAUUUCACAAAUUUCUAGCUACAUAACCAAAACAUAAAAAACCCAACUUUUCUUUUUGUUCUUAGUUUAGCAGAUUCCGUUUCCAUGGAUGAAAUUGAAAUUCCUGCUCAUUUUCUUUGCCCCAUUUCCCUCCAACUCAUGAGGGACCCUGUAACUGUUUGCACAGGAAUCACUUAUGACAGAGAGAACAUAGAGAAGUGGUUGUUUUCAUGCAAGAACAACACAUGCCCCGUUACCAAGCAGUGCCUAUUGGACCAUGAUCUCACCCCAAACCACACUCUACGCAGGUUGAUCCAAUCUUGGUGCACCCUCAAUGCCUCAUUUGGAGUUGAACGCAUUCCAACUCCAAAGUCACCAAUCGACAGAACUCAGAUUGUGAAACUCCUCCUAGAAGCAAAGAAGUUCCCCGAGAAGCAACUCAAAUGCCUCACAAGACUUCGAUCCAUUGCCUUUGAGGGUCAAAGGAACAAGGCCUGCUUAGAGUCUGCAGGAGUUGUUGAAUUCUUGGCCUCAACCAUGAAGCACAAGGCAGAAGAAAACUCAACUGUUCUCGGUGAAGCAGCUAUCGAAGUCUUAUUCCACCUUAGCCCUUCUGAGGCUCAGCUUAAAGAUCUCUUAUAUAACGAGGGGUGCCAGUUUAUUGAGUCAUUGUUCCACGUGUUGAGGCUUGGAAACUACCAAUCGAGAGCUUAUGCAACCAUGCUGCUUAGAUCGGCAUUGGAGGUGGCUGAUCCUAUCCAAUUGAUCAGUGUCAAAACAGUGCUGUUUGUGGAAAUCUUGCGCGUGCUGCGUGAUCAGAUUUCGCAACAGGCUUCAAAGGCUGCAUUGAAGCUGAUCGUGGAGCUCUUUCCGUGGGGCAGAAACAGGAUCAAAGGGGUUGAGGGUGGUGCAGUUUCGGUCCUGAUUGAGCUACUUCUUUGUACCUCGGAAAGAAGAACCUGUGAACUUAUUUUAAUAGCUUUGGAUCAACUUUGUGGGUGUGCAGAAGGGCGUGCAGAGUUGUUGAACCAUGGUGCAGGAGUGGCCAUUGUGUCCAAGAAAAUCCUAAGGGUUUCUCUCGUGGCAAGCGAUAGAGGGGUUAGAAUUUUGGCCUCCAUUUGUAGGUAUUCAGCAAAUGCUAGGGUGCUCCAUGAAAUGUUGCAGGUUGGUGCUGUGUCAAAGUUGUGUUUGGUGCUUCAAGUGAAUUGCAGUUUCAAGACCAAAGAGAGAGCCAAGGAGAUACUCAGAUUGCACUCCUCAGUUUGGAAGAAUUCUCCAUGUAUUCCUGUUCCUUUGUUAUCUUCUUUUCCUUGAUCUAAUUUCAUCAUACUUUUUAUUUUUUUUUUACAUGCAUCUGAUGAAAGUGUCUGAUGCCAGAGGUUUUGGAGUUAUUAGAAAAAGAAAAUCCUUAGAUAAUUUUUUUUUUAAACAUUGUACUGAUCUAAACAGUAGUAUUAGUUAACUUUAACUUUUCGUUUAACAUGGGUGUGUAUUCCUUGAUUGAAAGUUAGAGAUUAAUGUUCUUUGCACCAAAGAAGUU